AUGGCAGCUUAUUCCGCCCUAGUUUCCUUAGAGAAGCAUCUGAAGCAGCUCCUGAUCAACUCCGACCAAUUCCCUCUCCACGAUCAACUCCAAUCCUUGUACAAUGCCAUCUCCACCUUGCAAAAAUCCAUCGAAACGAUCUUCCCCGCCCCCAAACAGCACCGCCAUACUGCAACCACCCUCCAAACCCUAAUCCGAGACGUAAUCUACCACGCGCAAGACGCCCUCGAUUCCUUCCUCUCCGUCAAAUCCCCCACCUUCUCCUUCGCACCAAUAACACAAUCAAUCCACCCCAUCGCAAAUCAGGCGCAAUCGCUCGCCGAUUCAAUCCGCAAACUCAUCGGCGCCGCCACCGACGACGAAAUCCCUCCGCCGCCCCGAUCCUACCUCGUCACCCGCACAUUCCGCAUCGUAGGGCAGGAGAGAGACAAGCAGCUCCUCACCGAAAAGCUCGCCAGCCAUGAACACACGCUCCAAAUCCUCCCAAUCAGCGGGAUGGCCGGCAUCGGUAAGACUACUCUCGCUCGAAGCCUUUACGACGAUCGUAACAUUAUGAAAAGCUUCAAAAUUCGCGCUUGGGUCACUGUAUCCCAGGAUUACCACGUCGGUGAUAUUUUAGCUAGAUUGUUGAAUUCGAUGGAUAAAAGGGGUGAGAAAGCCGGAGCAAGAGUGUAUGAAGGCAGCGAUUAUUGUAAGCUCAGGGUUGAUGUUCAUCAGACCUUGUACGAUUACAAAUAUCUAGUUGUGAUUGAUGAUAUGUGGGAUAUUGCUACUUGGGAUAUUCUGAAGAAUUCGUUUCCGGAUAACAAAAACGGAAGUCGAAUUGUUCUCACUACGAGAGUCGAGUCCAUAGCUGAAGCUGCGAAAUCCUCUAGUUUUUUCCAUAAGAUGCAGACUCUAGAUGAAGAAAACAGCUGGAUUUUGCUCUGUGACAGGGCGUUUGAAGGGAAUCCAUCCCCUCCUCACUUGGAGAAGAUCGGUAGGGGGAUUGCCAACAAUUGUCAAGGCCUCCCUCUCUCUCUAACCGUCAUCGGAGGUCUCCUCUCUCAAGAGCGGCAGACGGAGGAGUACUGGCAGACCAUCGAGGAGGACACCAACGCUGCAGCUGCCAAAGGCGAAGAGGCCUACUUGGAGAUUCUGCUUUUGAGCUACAAUCACUUGCCUUGUCAACUCAAGGGAUGUUUCCUUUAUUUGGGAGCUUUUCCUGAAGAUAGUGACAUCCCUCUCUCUAAACUGUCAAAGCUAUGGAUUGGAGAGGGAUUUCUGGUGGUAACCGAGCGCCAGGGGAGGCUGGAGAAGGUCGCGGAGGAUUACUUGAUGGAUCUUACUCAGAGGAAUCUGAUCACGGUUCGCAAGAUUAGUUCAAGUGGGAGGAUUAAGACUUGUGGAUUGCACGACAGUCUGCACGAUCUAGCUGUGAAGGAGUCAGGGACGGAGAAGUUCUUUCACUCUGUAAGGAGGUAUGGAAACGCGCAAAUAUUAGAGGAAGUUGCCAAGAGUCAGAGGCGUGUGUCUGUUCAUAAAAACAUACUCAUUUGCUUGAAGGAUGUUUAUCACAGUGCAAAAUUGAUUUCAGAUGCAAGAACUCUGAUCUAUGCUGGAUCGCAUCAUCAUCAUCCGAUGCCCUUGUUUCUGAGUUAUGAUCUGCUCAGGGUGUUGGAUGCUUAUACAGUUUACUUCAUCCGGUUCCCGCGGGAAUUGGCUCAUUUGAUUCAUUUGAGGUAUUUGUCUUUGACAUAUAAUGGGAAGCUUGCAUCAACAUUGUCCAACCUUCAAAAUCUUCAAAUCUUGAUUGUUCGCAGACAGCCUAGAAUCAUAUAUGUGGGGAAAUCGUUUCUGCCUGAUGAAUUCUGGGGGAUGCAGCAGUUAAGGCAUCUUGUAAUGACAGAAACCGAUCUUCCCAAAAUCCCAGAGACUCCUCUCUUUGAAAACCUCCAAUCUCUUACAAAUAUCAAUGCUGCUUCUUGCACCAGAGGGGUUCUGAAAAGGAUGCCUAAUUUGAAAAAGUUGAGUAUGUGGGUUGAAAAGGCGGGCGUGGUAAGCCUUUACCCGGAUGAGCUCAAGCAGCUCGAGGUGUUCAAGUUCACUGUCUUGAAUCCCAGUCCUAGCAAAAAAAUUGAAUUCGAAUCUGAAUUCGACCUGCCUCCAAAACUGAGGAAGCUGAGUUUAAGCGGCUGUGGACUUCCUUGGGAGGCACUGGGAGUUGUGGCGAAGCUGGAACAUCUUGAAGUCUUGAAACUGUGA